ACUGCCUACGCGAAGAUACCAUCGGCCCUCAUCUUCGCCUUUCCCACUAGCCAGUCUCCGGCGAUCCGCUCUCCGACAUAAUUGUAUACAAUUAUGAAGUGAUCACAGAAACUAGUCGUAUUCCACAUUGCAGGCCAUGGAAUCCGAGAAUGCAGUUGAUGAAUUUGAAGGUAGAGUUCUAGAGAUGAUGCAGGGUAUGGAAGAUUUACUCAAAAAACAGGAUCGUAAGAUCGCUGUUGUGUUAGGUCAAAAGUUUAACAUGAAGAGGAUCGAAGCAGACAAGCCCGUAAGACUAUCACGGCUGCACUUGAGGAAUCCCAAACUACACUUGAGGAAUCCCAUACUGUACUUGAUGAACGGAAAGCUUGAAGAGAUCAAUGAUGAGCUCAAAAAGAUGUUACAGAUAAAUGAAGAAGAAGCAAUUGAUAAGGUAUUGGAAGUAGAGCAAAAGUACAAUGACGAAUCCCAGACUGCAUUGGGAUCCCAUACUAAUCUGAGUGAGAGUCAGCGUGCUAAAUGGGAGGCGUGUAGGCAAGAACUAGAGGAGAUGAAGGUCCAUGUCCAAAAAAGGGAAUCUACGGUUGACUAGUUGUGCUUGGCGUAUGAGAAGUUGCUUCAGCAUAACAGAAAUUUGUUCGAUCGUUAAACAAUCAAGCCAGUUUGUUGCACUUUCUUCCCCAUUGUUAUAUGUUUUUCUCAACUUUGUACAUAUGAAAUUGUCAUACUUUUUAGCCACUAUUUUUGCUCGUUCAUUUGCACAAUUUCUAUUUCCUGUGCCUGAAAAUGAAUUUGUAAUAGUGAGUUACAAACAGGAUUACAUAACUCUAUAAAAAUUUUAUCUAUUUCAAGAUUAUUUUAA